CACGACACCUCGUCACACUACCCAUUCCACCAUGAACGCAACCAGGGCACUCGCUCACCGCCAGCCUCUGAUCCGCUUUUUGGGCAAGCGCACCACGCCCCAGAGUACGUUGUGCACCAGCCCGGCCCUUUGCUCGAUAGCUAACGCCUGAGUGCAGAUGUCGAUCACACCCCGCAGGUGCACCCAGCCUCUUCCAUGAGAGAGCUGCCCUCGUCCUUCAAGGCAUACCGACAAAAGGCCCAGCAGCACGGCCCGCUCAACGCAAACCGCGAUCUUGUUGGCGGCCACAUUGGCGGCGCAGCUGGUAGGAACCUGGGGCCAGUCGAGGCCGGAAAGGGCUUGUUCUUUGAUCGCUCCGAGCUGCCUGCGCGCUUCCAGACGCUGUCAUGGACACAGGCCGAGAUGGAGCUGCUCGAGUCGGGAGGUGCUAGCCAGUUUGCCUAGAUGCCAACGACUGUCAUGAGCGACGAUAGGACAACGCCCGGAUGGCGCCGACGAUGCCGAUGCACAUGAACACGCGUCCGGGUGCGGGGCACGAGAUAAGAACUGGGAUUGAUUGACUGCACGAGACUGCAUGAGGUUAUGCGACAAAAGCGAGGGCAACUGGGGUUGCUUUCAUUCUAUACCCAUGAGGAUGGAUUUUGGAGGUUUCUUUACUUGAUUGUUUUUCAUUGGCAGGGACUGUAUAGGAACUGUAUCAGGAUUGUCUAGGGAUAUGGAGACAGGCAUUAUUCAACAUGAAUUCAAUAAACAAUUGAUAAUAGCACUAGGAAGCUGUCACAAGCUGUCAGAUGCGGUGGCGCUUGUUUAGUGUCAAUUGCUUGACUUUGGCUCGC